AUGGGGGGCCGAGCGGACGCCCUGGCCGCGGCGCUGCAGGAGAUCAGCCCCGCCGCGGUGGACGCCGCAUGCUGCAUCUUCAGCACCCUUCUGCUGAAGGCCCGCACUACGGCACGAGCCGCUCGCGGCGGCUGGGGCCUGCAGUUCUUCCACGCCCUGGCGAACGCGCUGUCCUUCGCGGAGGGAGGCGAUGUCGUCAGGGCGCUGUGGCGCUUCGCCCUGGAUUUCCACGACUGGCGAAAGCCCGGUCCUGGGAUGCCCUUGGCCUGCCACCACGCGGUGCACCUGCACGCCACGCUGCUGGCGCAGCUGCUGAGCGUAACGUCGCAGGACGAGUUGCUCGGGGCCGAGAGCCCCUUGCGGAGGACAGAGCUGAGCGACUACGUGGUGCACGCGACGCGCCUGGCCGCCACGGUGGCCUGGGAGGGCGCCGGGGCCGGCGCGGACGUCGUCUUGGAGGCGCUCCUGGACCAGCUGGGCCGCGCGCUCUGCCAGCUGCACACCCUCUCCGGGCGGCUGCCCCCGGGCGCCGCGCCGCCGGCCGAGGCGUGGCUCGCUCCGCCGGCCGUCCUGCGCGAGUUCAAAAGGGCCACCGCCUCGGCCGAGCAGUUCGCCACGGCCCCGCCGCCGGCGCAGGGUCAUGCCUGCGGGUGA